CUACUGAGAACUACACCGUCUGGGGAAAUUAAGUGGUUCAUUGUUUGCUCUCCGGAGCUCCGGCUAGGAUUACUAAACUCGUACUUUCGGAUAGCAUGGGAUAUGCCGCUUACAGAAUAACAGAUUCACCCAAGAUGCAUUGUGCCGAGCUAUGAAGGUGCAUAGGGAAAUUACCUCACUUCCUGUCCACUCUCCCAGUCACGGUAUUGUCCUGUGGACACAGAUGAGCGUCUAGUGAGCACCCUGUUGUAUGGGUCACAAGCCCACCUUUACCAAAGCCCUGGUCUGGGUUUGUUUGUAUACUUAGUGUCCAUUCUUCAACCACUGAAAGAACUAUGAGAACAAUUCUUCUGGCUGUUAUUUGAUGAUUUAAACCUCGAAGGUUCAGAUAUGAGGGGCAUCGGCCACAGAGCACCGGACGAAGCCUGAUCAGGAACUCUCGAGGGCUUUGUGAUGCAGACGACGGACAACCUGUUCAACAAGAAGCUUCAGGCCCUGAACGGCAACAUGGGACCGCCCAUGACCAGCGUCCAGGGCACGCCAGCCAUGCCCAAGAUGGGCGUCCGCGCCCGCGUGUCUGAUUGGCCCACGCGCAAGGAGAUCGCCGACAACCGCCCACCGCCCCGUUAUGACAGCCUGAUGACGAGCUUUCCCAGCAUGCCGCCCGGUCAGACGCAGGACGGAGGAGGAGGAGGAGGAGGAGGCAUGAAACAGACCCAAGCGUCUGUCAUCAACACCAACUUCCUGGAGGCCAAGUAUGGGCUGGCCGACCUUCUGAACAGCUCGCCGUACAAAGGCGGGUUCAACCCGCUCCGGCAGCGCAGCAACAGCGACGUGACGAUCAGCGACAUCGGCGCCGAGGACGUCGACCAGACGGCCAUUAACCCCAACACGGGCGCGUCGCUGCACCGCGAGUACGGGAGCACGUCCUCCCUCGACCGCCAGAGCGUCACAGGGCAAGGCUUCUCCGGAACGGCCAGGCCCCAAGACCCGGACCUCGGGGCGCCGUCCGAGCUCCCGAGCGCCCCUCCCCCGCAGGCGCUCCCCGAACUCUUGCACUACACGGCGCCCCCGGCCACGGCGACGACGACGCUGUCGCCAAGCCUCCAGACGGCGGCGCAGAUCGCCCGCGGCGACAUCAUCUGCAUCUCCAACCUCGACUACGUGGACCCGUCGCUCUUCUACAGCCGGGAGCGCGAGCGCUCCGCGCUGCAGCGGCAGAAGUCCGAGAAGACCGAGUCGUCUGGAAUCUUCCGGCGCCUGCGCACCAUGAAGAGCGAUGGCGGCGGCGGCGAGCGGCAGAAGCAGAGCAGCAGCAGCACGGAGCAGGACGAGGUCGCCCGGCUCCUGGGUCGCCCGCAGAGCUUCCAGAAGUGCUUCGCCCACUACGACGUCCAGAGCGUGCUCUUCAACAUCAGCGAGGCGGCCGCCAACCGCGCCAACCUCGCCCGCAGAAAGAACGUCACCACGGGAGCUUCGGCUGCCUCUCAGCACCAAGGCGGCGUCGGCAUCGGUGGAGGAAGUGGAGGCGGCGGCUCCAGCGAUGGUAGCGCUGACCCGCUCCCCGGCUGCGAGUCCCCCCUGGGCAGCUGCGAGGACCUGGGCUCGGACCCCGACGAAGGCGACGGCAAGUGCAACGGAAUGGUGCUUAGCUGCCCGUACUUCCGCAACGAGACCGGCGGGGAAGCCGAGCGUAAGCUGGGCGUCCCCAGGUCCAACAGCGCCACCUACAGCGACGGAGGGGAAGGCUACAGCCUGGAGGCCUCCAUCACCUCCCACUGCUCCAACGCGGGCGUGUCCGUGCUCGAGGUGACCCGGGAGAACUACCCUCUGCAACGGGAGAUGGUCAAGCGUUACAACUUCGAGCAUAUGGACCAGGGAGCAUACUACUACCACAAGUACUUCUACAAUAAAGAGCACCAGAACUACUUUGGGGUGGAUGAGAACCUGGGGCCCGUGGCCCUGAGCAUCCGCCGCGAGAGGCUGGAGGACAGCAGAGAUGGAGCGCAGUACAACUACCGCAUCAUCUUCAGGACCAGCGAGCUGACCACCCUGAGAGGGGGCGUGCUGGAGGACGCGGUUCCCUCCACCGCCAAGCACGGCACCAGCCGCGGGCUGCCCCUCAAGGAGGUGCUGGAGUACGCGGUGCCCGAGCUCAACAUCCCCUGCCUGCGCCUGGCCAGCAGCUCGCCCAAGGUCCCCGAUCAGCUGCUCAAACUCGACCAGCAAGGGUUGAGUUUCCAGCACAAGGUGGGCAUCCUCUACUGCAAGGCGGGCCAGAGCACGGAGGAGGAGAUGUACAACAACGAGUCGGCCGGUCCGGCCCUCGAGGAGUUCCUGGAGCUGCUCGGCCAGCGCGUCCGCCUCAAGGGCUUCACCAAGUACCGCGCCCAGCUGGACAACAAGACGGACUCCACGGGCACCCACUCCCUCUACACUGCCUACAAGGACUACGAGCUGAUGUUCCACGUCUCCACAAUGCUCCCCCACACACCCAACAAUAGACAGCAGCUGCUGAGGAAGAGGCACAUUGGGAACGACAUCGUCACCAUCAUCUUCCAGGAGCCUGGUGCGCUCCCCUUCACGCCCAAAAACAUCCGUUCCCACUUCCAGCACGUCUUCAUCAUCGUCCGAGCACACAGCCCCUGCACUGAGGACGUCUCUUACAGUGUGUCCGUGUCCCGCUCCAAAGACGUGCCGGCCUUCGGCCCGCCCAUCCCCAAGGGUGUGACCUUCCCCAAGUCGGCCGUCUUCCGGGACUUCCUGCUCACCAAGGCCAUCAACGCGGAGAACGCCGCGCACAAGUCGGACAAGUUCCGCGCCAUGGCCACGCGCACGCGCCAGGAGUACCUGCGCGACCUGGCCGAGAACUUCGCCGGCUCUGCGCCCCUGGACUCGUCCGGCGGCGGUGGCGGCGCCAAGUUCAGCUUCAUCACGCUGAAGCCGCCCGCAAGGGAGCUGCCCCGCCGCCAACGCCAAGACCUGCAGAGCAGCGGCGCCGUCACCUGGGCGGUGGUCGCGCGCGACAACGACGCCAAUCCCAUCGUUGGCAGCCCCGUCUCCCCCGGCGACUUGUCCUGCUGUCUGCUGGUCGUCUCCAACGAGUUUGUAGUGCUCAUCGAGGAGGCCUCCAAGGAGGUGGUGUUCAACUGCUACUGCCGCGACGUGAUUGGCUGGAACAUGUUCUCGCCGCUGGGCCGCAUGAAGCUGUACCACGAGCGAGGCUCUUGCCUGGCCUUCUCCAUGCAGGACGGCUGUGGGGACGAAGUGCGGGAGAUCGCCAACAGGCUGGAGAUUGUGACACGAGGCUGUGAGACGGUGGAGAUGACGCUGCGGCGGAACGCGGUGGGCCAGCUGGGCUUCCACGUGAACUUCGAGGGCGUGGUGGCGGACGUGGAGCCGUUCGGCUUCGCCUGGCAGGCGGGCCUACGGCAGGGCUGCCGCCUGGUGGAGAUCUGCAAGGUCACCGUGGCCACGCUGUCGCACGAGCAGAUGAUUGACCUGCUGCGCACCUCCGCCACCGUCACCGUCACUGUGGUGCACGCGCACGAGGACGGCACCCCCCGCAGGGGCUGCUCUGAGCUCUACCGCUCCCUGCCCCUGGUGGAGUACAAGCUGGACAGCGGCACCACGGCCGUGGGCACUCUGGGAGGCGCAGGCUGGCACCUUGUGCCGCUGACCCAGCAGCUGUCGCGCACCUCUCCCACGCAGGCGCCCGCACUCACCCCGUCGCCCGGGCAACAGCAGCGCUUCCACUACGCCCAGGCCACCAUCUCCCGCAGCACCUCCUUCGACAAGAAGUUCCAGGAUGGACAGAGAGUGCUCCAGGACUUUGAGGUAUCCCAGGCAACCGUGGGCUCCCGAGAAUCGGGGCAGAUGUACUGCAGCUCCCCUAGCAACCAGUCCACGUCCAGCGACCCUGGACCCUGCGUGUCCUGGGGACAGAAAGGCAGCUACGACGGGAGCCAGUCACCAGCCCUCCACGAUCAGCCGGAGGAGAAGGAGGGAGAGUGCGGGCGGGAGAGGGAGCCCAAGCUGGAGAGGACCAGGUCUGCAGAGGCCAAGUGGCACCUCCCCUCUACUAAGAUCCUGAACCCAGGCCUCCAGAGACAGGGCGCCAAGGACUCCUCCAGGAAAUUCCCCCGGGUGCGUGAUAAGAGCUGCCCCAGCCACUGCUCCAGCCACUCCAGCAGCAACACCCUCUCCAGCAACGCCUCCAGCGCCAGCAGCAGCGACGGGGGCAGUGGCGGAGGCGGCGGCGGCGGCGUGGGCAAGCGCUUCGGCUCGGGCGACCCCAUGGACCCCGAGUCCCUGGGCCUCACCUACAUCAAGGGUGCGUCCACCGACAGCGGUGCAUCCCGACACGGCCCCUCAAGAUGCCCCACACCCCCGCCCCCCACUGACUUCUGACCGGGUGGCCGGGGCGGAGGGAGGGAGGAGGUCUGAGGGGGGCACAAGGGCUUACAGCGCCUGCCCUGGACGAUGGAGUACCCGGAGGGAGAGGAGGGCGAGGAGGAGGAGGAGGAGGGGAAGCUGUACCUCACGCCCCAGGGGUACGCGCACACCCCCAGCGCCGCCUCCACGGGACACGUGACCGACGGCAGUACCGGAGACCUGAGCGAGAUCUCCUCCCUGUCCAGUGGCUCUCGUCACUCAGGCAGCCCGUCGGAGCGCGGCCUGAAGAGUGGCGGCGGCUCCAUGGACUCCUCCUCCAAGCUCUACAUCAUCUCGCCCACGGGCUCGGCGCCGGGCUCGGACGCCCACGCGCACGCCCUCGCGCCCCACCACCAGCAGCAGCAGCAGCAGCAGCACCCCUACCUGGGCCAGCACGCCCAGCUCCAGCUGCAGAGAGAGAAGUAUCUAAUGAGCUGGAAGAAGGCCCACGAGGCCUCCACCCUGGACCAGGAGCAGAACAGUCCGACUGAUGGCUUAGUGUCGUUACUCCUAAGGGCACUGUUGCAGAAAGCCAGGGACCAUGUGUCAAUGCUGGUCUCAAUAAACGUGUCCCCAUCCCCACCUCCACCCCACCCCACUCCACUCCAGUCCACUGCAGUGGGUCAGUCCCCUCACCGCUCGCUGUACCGCACGCUGUCGGACGAGAGCCUGUGCAGCAGCCACCGGAGGGCGCUCUCCCUGGCCAGCUCCCGCAGCUCCAUGCUGGACCAGGCGCUGCCCGCCGACAUCCUGUUCAGCGAAAGCGCCCGGCCCGUUACCACAGCCUUGCGCUGCGCCCGCGCGUGCCCUGCAUGGCCGGCCGGACAGCUCAAGGUAGUCUGGCGCCCUUGCGCCUGCCACCUGCCUUGCGCACAAAAUGACCUCUGGUACUCAGACGGCUCACUGGCGGACAAGGCCAAGCUGGCGGAGGCUGGGCUCAUGCCCCUGCCGGACCCUGUUGGGGGGCUGGACUGGUCCCACCUGGUCGAUGCCGCCCGGGCGUUUGAAGACCAGAGUCCUUCCCCGAGCUCUCUGAGCGAGGCGGAGCAGGCCAAACAGGCACUGGAGAUGUCCUCUGAGCUGAGCCACGGACCACACACCCGAGGGGGCCCAGCACUGGACACAGGGGUUGGUUCCCCUACCUUACUCACUGGUAAAGUCAAUCAGCUGGAGGUGAUCCUGCGGCAGCUGCAGAGUGACCUCAGAAAGGAGCAGCAGGACAAGGCCAUGCUGCAGGAACAGGUGCAGCACCUGAGGCAGGACAACAUGCGCCUUCACGAGGAGAGCCAGACGGCCGCCGCCCAGCUGCGUCGCUUCACUGAGUGGUUCCUCAACUCCAUGGACAAGAACCCCUGAUAACACACACGCAGUGACGUCGAACAAGACACACACACACACACACACAUCAAAACACUAUUCAAUACAACACUACACAACACCAGCUCCAUCCAAAUCACUCCAUAGCCACCACUCACCACUUUACCAUGGGCAAGAACACAUGAAGAAAACAACAAUGGCAUCAAAUGAGGCAUAACGCAACGCUACACUACAGCACCAUGCCACCCACACACACACACACACACACACACACACACACACACACACACACACACACACACACACACACACAAAACCUCCUCUCUCCAAGUGGUUCCUUAUCUCCAUGGACAAGAAUGGGGGAGGACACACUGAGAAUAUAACACAGGCACAAAGCACCAUGCCACUCAACACCAUGCCACACACACACACCACACACUCACACACACAAUUUUACCUUUAGCUGUAAAGGAAACAGCUGUACUACUGUGUCUGGACUAAUGAGGCAGUGAAGGCUAACGCUAAUGUAGUUAUGUCAACCCCCCAUCCUCCCACCCAAACCCACAGUGUUUCAAUGCUAACACGCUAACGCUGAGUCAUCAGCAUCAUGGCGGACUUGGUGAGGCAGAAAAAUGAGGAUGAAGGAGGCGCGAAUGGACACUAAAGGGAUUGAACAAUGGCUACGCUGGAAAAGACAGUGCUUUUCUUUUUUCUGGGACAGUUUCUACUUACACUGCCAGGCACGAUGGAUGUUUUUUUUUUUUUUUUUUU